CUACCAUAAUAACCCAAUAAGGAUUGGGUUCUAUUCAAACCCCUUAAAAACAAACCUAUUCUAAAUAAACUCUAAAGAAGUUUUCCUUUCUCAUCAUUCCAGUUUUCAUCAUGGCCGCCUUCUCUUCUUGGGGCUCUGUUCUUCCUCCCACAAAUCCGCCGCCGGAGAAUAUGGAGGUCCGAGAAUGGAUGAGGAAUCAUGUCGACGUCUCCUUCAAGCUGGCGAAUCACGUCUUCUUCACCGUCACUAAAACAGAUUCCAACCUCGUCUUCUCCCCUCUCUCAAUCAACGUCAUCUUGGCCCUCCUCGCCGCCGGCUCUGAAGGCCCCUCACUGCACCAGCUCCUCGCGUUCCUCAGCGCCAAGUCGACCGACGAUCUCAACGCCUUCUAUUCUCGCGUCGUCUCCGCCAUCUUCGCCGACGGCAGUCCUGCCGGCGGCCCGCGACUGUCGGUGGCUAACGGCGCGUGGAUCGAGCAGACUCUGCCUGUGAAGCCUUCCUUCAAGCAUGUCCUGGAGACUGUUUACAAGGCCGCUUGUGUUGGGUUUGUGGAGGUUUGGGCUUGACUUUUUGCCCGACCCAUGUUACGAAACCCUAGAUGCACUCUUCCUAUAUAUAUAUAUUGCAUACUUGUACUUGUAAUUGACACCACAAGUGAAAUAAGAAAAUCCUCCUGUUGCAGCCGUGGAUUAGGGAAACCGAACCACGUUAAAUUCUUGUGUGUCGUUUGUGUUCCGUUUCUCUCGUUUCUCGCAGAUAUUUGUGUGUGUUGUGUGGUUUAAUUCUCAACAAGUGGUAUCAGAGACUUGGUUGUUCAACACGAGAACACGAAUAGCGAGGAGCUGUCACCUACGGUUUGCAGAUCUGGAUCGUUGGAUUGUGGAGAAAGAGAAGUGUAGCGCCGCCUGUGCGAGAAGGGGAGAUCUGCGCAGGUGUUCG